AUGCCCAAAGUCUUUCUUGUCACGGGAACCUCGACUGGUUUCGGCCAUGACUUGAUCCAAGAGGUGCUGAAUCGUGGUGACAUUGCGAUUGCGACUGCACGCAACCCGGCCUCGUUGAAGUUCGAAAAUAUCAAAGAGGACAACUACUUCACCUUGGCGCUUGAUGUAACCAGACCGGAAUCCAUUAAAGGUGCUUUCUCUCAGGCUGUCGAGCGCUUUGGGAGGAUUGAUGUAGUCGUGAACAAUGCGGGCUAUGGCCUCACGGGAUGUUUUGAAGAAUAUACCGACGAACAGAUCCGGACGCAGAUGGAAGUCAACUUUUUCGGCCUUGUCAACGUCACUCGGGAAGCAAUGGCCACCAUGAGAGCCCAAGAGCCGAGCGGCGGCGUAAUCCAACAGGUCACCAGCGUGGGUGGACAACGAGGAGCCGCAUGCUUCAGCCUGUACGCCGCAAGUAAAUGGGCUGUUGAAGGUUUCACUGAGUCCCUUUCAAAAGAGGUGAAGCCUGAAUGGGGUAUCAAAUUUACUUGUGUCGAGCCCGGUGGUUUUAGAACUGAUUGGGCUGGUCGCUCAAUGGCCUUUACCGACCGUCAUUCAGCCUAUGACCACAUGGAUGCUAAAGGAUUGAUGAUGGCCCGGAAUGGAACUCAGCCUGAAGGCUGCGAGGGCCUUUACGACCUAGCCAUGAUGGAGAAGCCGCCCUUGAGAAUCUUGCUUGGUACGGAUGCUUACCCAGCUAUCUUGGCGAGACUAGAUGAGGAGCGACAGAAUUUUAUCAAGUACGAGAAACUCAGCUUGAGCACAGAUGUUGAUUAG